AUGUCCUCCCCGCCCCUCAGCGUGUCCUCCCUCCUCCACUCCCUCCAUCCCAUCAGAAAGCCAAAGCUCAGGUACAGGACAACUUUCCUCGCUCUCUUUGGCCUCAUCGUCCUCUCCACAUACAUCCUCUUCGUCGCAAAGCCUUCUCUAGACCUCGCACCCAUCACCCUCCGCAAUGACCCAACCCACCACGAGCCUCCUCACGCCGUACUCCCUCACGACCCCGUCUCACGUACUCCCUCCUCGCGUGUUUUCCGUUUUCCUCCAUCACAGAACCACAAGUCAAAUACAAGACCACAGGUUGAGCUCAGUCCUGCCCAGGAGCUUGCUGCCGUCUCCAGCUUUCUUGCAAGCCUGCCACAGAACAUGAUCCCUCGUUCGGUUGACCCGACCAAGCCAAUAGACCCACAGGUCGUUCUUGACUUUGACACGCGUAGUACACGAGCCGCUGAGGAGGUACACCAGAUCGAGGAAGAGGUCUGGGCACGCCAUCCUGUCGUCCUAUUCACAAAGUUGCACUCUGCUGCCUCUCGUGAAGUACGCUUCAUACUUGCUAAUAUGAUGUUACGCCCCAUGCCAACGGUAUUUGACGUCGACCAAAGAGAGGACGCAGAGGUUUUGACGCCCCUACUUCACCGCCUCACUUCGUCCACAGAACUACCCAUUCUAUUAGUAGGCGGCAAGCCAGUGGGCUCAAUGUCUGAAAUCCGCUCACUACACGAAUCAGGCGAACUAAAGAAAAUGAUUUCCGACGCAGGAGCAGUCAUCGACGGUGCCAAGAAGAAGAAGGGAAGAAAAUAG